GGCUCCGCCCCUCCCGCCCAUAUCGCUGCCGGGGGGCAGAAAGCACUUCCUUUCCUUCUCGCGCUCUCGGCGACAGCAGGUGCAGCUUCAAUAUGCAGAACGACGCCGGCGAGUUCGUGGACCUGUACGUGCCGCGGAAAUGCUCGGCCAGCAACCGCAUCAUCGGUGCCAAGGACCAUGCAUCCAUCCAGAUGAACGUGGCUGAGGUGGACAAGGCCACGGGCAGGUUUAACGGCCAGUUCAAGACAUACGCGAUCUGUGGGGCCAUCCGCAGGAUGGGGGAGUCCGACGACUCCAUCCUCCGUCUGGCCAAAGCCGACGGCAUCGUCUCCAAGAACUUCUGAGAAUCCAGGAUGCUGGCGGGAUCGGGGUCCUUCGCUGGGUGCUUGGCCAAUAAAGGCAGAAAACCAA